AUGCGUGGCAUUUUCAAGCGGGAGUCUCAUGUGGUAAAGAGGAAAAUCAAAAAGUCGCCGCCUUACGAGGGCCUCCUGUCCUUGUUCCAGGGGAAAUAUAACAGCGGCAGUGGUCUGGUAAUAAAAACUAAAGCGGAGCCAGAUAAUUUCAUAGAGCUGGAUGAUGCCUCUUGUCAGCCAGUUGAACAGGCUGCCGGGGAGAGCGUUAUCUUCUGGACGACUGAAACGGAAACGAGUGAAACGGAGUCCGCUGAAGAGACAGUCAGCGCCGAGGACAUCAUAGAAUUUGAGCCCAAGGUGGCAAAUGAUGCCAGCGCCGAAGCCAGUACUGCUCUAUUUGAAAUUCCGGAUCUACCGCUGGACGACGUAGAGGAAGUUAUCACCAACUUCCACAGCAACCUGGAUGCUAGAGUAGCAGGCCAGCGGUCGUUUCUUCACAACAUGGCCUUCUUUGUCUGCCGUGACAGGCAUCCUCUGCAGAUCAUUCAGGCCGAGGGAUUCAAGCAUUUGAUAAGUGAGUUGUGCCCUGGUUCUAAACUUCCCAGCGUGGAUGAGCUGGGCACUUUAUUUACAACCAGCGGCAGCUGCAAGCAUCGAAACUGUGCCAACAAUUAGCAGGACUAUCCACGCUCUCCUUAAGUUGUGCCGUUCACACGAAACCAGAGGAGCGAAGUUACCUGGUGCUGGCGGUUCACUUC